AAUUGCUCAGUAGUGAGGUCAGAGGGGAAGCUCCCCCAUCUGGACACACCCAGCAUCGCCGGGGCCAAGAGAGUCUCUCCACACUGACGCAGACAAGCCUUCACACUCAGCCUGCCCUGCCUCACUUCACACUCCCUCCACGGGGCUGUCCUGCACGGGGGGAGGGAGGCGCACAUCACCCAGGCGUGCUCACCAGCACACCCGCGGGGAGCUUGCUGUCACUCUGCCACACGGGGUCGCCCUAGCCGACAUGUGGCUCUCAUCUGAAAAGUAGACGCAGCCAGCUGGGAUGAGAGUGUAGCGUCUGACAGGGAGGGAGGUCAGUGCCGGACUUCUGUGGGCUGGGAGAAGAGUAACGUUGGAGUCGUCGCCAAAUUAGCUGUCCUUACAAAACACGAGUGUAAGUUAGGAAUCCCUGAGGAGCACCUCCUUCGCAGGAGGAGCAGGACUGGACGCCGCGGCACGCCGGCUCUCCUGGGAACUCCUCUGCUGCCGCCGCUUUGCGCCGAGGAGCCUCGGUGAUCACGAGCAGGAGGCCUGGGGCUCCGUGCCGGCUUCCAGCAUGCGGCCCGGCCGCCCGCGUGCAGGAUAAUGCGCGGAUGGCUUAGCGCAUGGAAAGGGAACUUGCCCAGCGUGCUGUCUGGCCUGUACGUGCAGUUCGUCCUGCUGCUGGGCAGCGUGGGGCUGGCCAGCACAGAGAGGACCUCCGUGGAGUUGGCCACCAUCAUGAACUGCUCGCAACACGAGCGUCACACCGGGAACUACGAUUACAUGGAGGGGGGCGAUGUACGGGUCAGACAGCUCUUCAGCCGGACACAGUGGUUCCUCACGGUGGACGACACUGGCAGAAUUGGCGGCACACAGGACCCCACCAACUGCUACAGUAUUCUCGAAAUUCGGACCGUCUCGGAGGGCGGGGUGCUGGCCAUCAAGGGGGUGAAAAGCCAGUACUACAUAUCCAUGAGCCACUCCGGAGUGCUGCAGGGCAAGAAGAUCUACAGCGAAAGCUGCAACUUCAAAGAGAUUUUCCUAGAAAACUACUUCAACGCAUACUCUUCAAUGAAGUGGACGAGACAGAACGGUAAACAGAUGUUCCUGGCACUGUCACAAAAGGGGAGGCCUCUGAAGGGCCGGAAGACACGCAAGGAGAACAUCUCGUCUCAUUUCAUACCUUUGAAGUGCAAAGGGGAACCAAUUGUGGAGUGAAGGUCUCAUUCAGUCUCACUGCUGCCCCCAGAGGUAAAGAGGGGUACAGUUCUAAUGGGUCCAUGUUGAAUGUCUUCUAAAUGUCCAAUGUAGUCAUGGGACAGCACAAAACCACUGUCAAACAGGUAAUAACAUGUCUAUUAAUCAUUAUUGAUACAGUAAUUAACCCAGUCAAAUGACUUUAAAUUAUUUUGUUUUUACAUCGUCAGUGUGUUAUUUGCAUUUUUCUAAUAGCUGUUUAAUUUUAAUGUUAAAGUGUUUGCUGCUGACCCAAGUUAAGUUUAUAUCCAAAAUGUACUAUUCAUUCACUACUGUGUUACAAGGUGUUUAGUGAUUAAUUUAAAAUAAUUUACUAGCUAAAAGAGUGGUCUGUAAUUCUCUGGGCAUUUUGCAACUACAUUUGAGGGAGUCUUGACUUCCCUAGAUCCUGUUACAUUAGAAAACUGUCAGGUUGUAAAUAAAAGGAACAAACUGUAUGGCCUGCCACUGUCACACUAUGCUGGAGGUCAGAUUGGGCUUUCUGCACAUUUAGACAUGUUAGAACCAUGUUUUCUCUGAAUCUCUGAAAUUGUUUUCCAUAAUAUAUGUAAUUGUAUAUAUUAAUGAACAACCAUCGUCAAUAUUGUAUUAAUAUAUGUAUGAAAGUGAACCUGAAGAUGUUUUCUUCCCUGUACCGUUAAGUUGUGAAGCCUGGACAAACUGUUGUGAGUUUGUGAAGAGACAAGACACUGACCGCUGCUCGUUAAUCAGUAAAAUUACUGAUUAAUUAUCCAGAAA